AUGCUCCUGUGCUUUACAAGAAAAUGCCUUGAUGAACAAAGCGAUUUUACCACUAGAUAUGUAUCGUGGUCCUGGUCAAAUCGAACAUGUAAAAGUGGCAAUUAUCGACAUAGUGCAUGCGUAUUUGGUGUUGCUGAUUUGAAUCAUUUGGAAAAUAUUCAGCAUUUAUUCGCUAAUAAAAUGUUAUCAGAAAAUGAUUAUGGAGCGAUUGCUUGUUGGGCAAUGCGUUUCUCUAAACGAAUUGCAAGCAAAUCAACUGUUGAUUUCGAGAGUUACAAGCAAAGUCAAAUUGUACGAUUUAAUCAUGAUAAAGAAAUGUGGAGAAAAAAUAUAUCAAUGUUUGAGUGCUAA